CUUCUAGCCGGGCUGGGAGGGUUGCCCUCAGUUUUCGCAGACACAUCCUCAUCCACAUCUUGCAGCGCUACGGUGCCCUGUGAGACUGGCUGCUGUGACAAAUAUGGGGUGUGCGGUAUGGGACCCAAUUUCUGUGGCCCUGACGUGUGUAUAAACAGCUGUGAUGCCAAAGCCGAGUGCAACCCGGACAAUUGGCCGUCCGAAUAUGUGAAUGCAACGACAUGUCCGCUGAAUGUGUGUUGCAGUAAAUAUGGCUUCUGCGGUACAACCGAGGAUUUCUGUGGGAACAAGACCGUUACCGCCCCCUCAUGUGAUGCCAGUACUCACUCCAUCACUCGUGUCAUUGGAUACUACAAUUCUGCAGCAGCGUCACGCGGCUGCGAUGCUAUGGCUCCUUACUCCGUGCCUCAGGGUGUCUACACCCAUCUCUACUUCGCUUUUGGCAGCAUAAAUCCGGACACCUUCGAAGUUAUUCCCGCGGAGCAGUCUGAUGAAGCUCUGUACCCGCAACUAGAAGCACUGCAGAUUCGUGACUUGGACCAAGAGCUGUGGCUGUCGAUUGGGGGAUGGGACUUUUCUGACAGUGACGAACCCACUGCCACCACCUUCUCCGACCUUGCGGCCGCCGACUCCACCACGCAGGCAGCCUUUUUCAAGUCUCUUAUUAAUUUCAUGAGUACCUAUGGCUUUACCGGAGUGGACAUCGACUGGGAGUACCCGGCUGCCACUGAGCGCAACGGUCGUGCAGAGGACUACGACAACUUUCCCAAGUUCUUGGCCAGCUUGAAAAAAGCCUUGAGUGACUACAAGUACGGUCUAUCGAUUACACUUCCAACCAGUUACUGGUAUCUCCAACACUUCGAUCUCACCUCAAUUGAGCCUUCCGUCGAUUGGUUUAAUGUGAUGAGUUACGAUCUCCACGGCACGUGGGAUAUAACAGAUGUCUGGGAAGGCCCUUACCUCAAUGCCCACACCAAUCUGACUCAGAUCAAGUCCGCCCUUGAUCUGCUAUGGGGCGUCGACAUCGAGCCCUCCAAGGUAAACCUUGGAUUAGCGUUCUACGGCCGCAGUUAUACCGUGGCGAGCUCCUCCUGCACCGAACCUGGCUGUGAAUAUCUCUCUGCCGGCACCGCUGGGGAUUGCAGUGAUACCGCCGGUGUCCUGUUCAACAGCGAGAUUGAAGACAUCAUUAGCGAGUACAACCUGACGGCCACGCUGUAUAAAGAUGCUGCGGUUAAGACGAUCACCUGGGAUACCGACCAAUGGGCUUCGUUUGACGACGAAGACACGUGGAAGCUCAAAGCAGAGUACGCCAAGUCUGUAUGUCUGGGUGGGGUCAUGGUCUGGUCGGUUGAUGAAGAUGACGCGCAGGACACCUUUUCCGACGGCCUUGCGUCUGCCUUAGGGUUGGACGUGAAUCUCAACGCGACAACCGGACUGCCACUGACUAUCGCAGAAAAGUCUACGACAACCACGACCACAACCUCGUCUCAAGAUAGUGUCUGUCGCUUCAUUAACUGCGGAGAAACCUGUCCCACAGGUUUCACUGAGAUCACCCGCGAUGACAAGAAGUCGCAAAUCAUGUUGGACUCAACUGAGUGCUUAACAGGGUCGAAGCAGACACAAACCCUAUGCUGCCCUACAUCGAGUGACCUCCCAACUUGUCGCUGGCGUGGCUUUCAUAACAGCGGCAAGUGCAAGGGAGGCUGCGAUACCGGGGAAGCAGAAGUAGGUACGAUCACUGCUGGUUGUCACUCGGGAUAUCAGUCCGCCUGCUGCACAGUCACCACCUCGACUAAGCCCUGGUCGGAGUGUGCGUGGACCUCCAGCUGUGAGAAGGAUGACACCUGCCCGUCAGGGUACGACACCUUUGUUGUGGGAUCUCGUCAAGGUUGGGGAGGACGGAAAACAUGCAGUGGGAAAAAGAACUACAACUACUGCUGCAAGAGCUCAAUCCCGGACGCCUUCACCAACUGUGCCUGGACGGGCCAUGAGGUAUCUUUCACGAAUACCGAGUACUGCACCGAUGCCUGCCCUUCUGGUGCCAUUCGUAUUGCUGAAGAGUCGAUCGCCACGCUGAUGGGCGCGAACCGACCCGGCAAGGCGUCCGACUGCUAUUAUGGCAACGAGGCCUAUUGUUGCAAUGGCACCACUACGACCACCUCCAGCGUCAGUCCACGCUCCAGCUCCGAUCCCCUCGCCGACUCUACAGCGUAUGAGUUUGAGUACUAUCUGAACCAAUGGCUGGACAACCCCACGUGUUCCGCCAACGAGGACGCUCAGUACAGUGCGACCUUUGACUAUUCCAAACGAGAUUUGCACCAACGGGCCUCGACUUCGACCACGACGAGCAAGCAAGACUUGGUCUACAUGUAUGCCCUAAGCUACCUCGUAGCAUGGCUUACCUCCUCCACGCCCCGAUCCGACCUGACCGACAUUUUCAAUGAUGCCAUGGCGGAUCAUGGAUAUCAGGACGAAGCGGCCAAUCUCACCAUCUUUACGGACACGAUCUAUGGGUACGGAGACCCUUGGACCGGAUCACCCAGCUGGGAUGCUGAGUCAAUUGUCUCGCAGUUUCUGUGUGAUAUUGCCACAUCUGCCAACAGCAUCCAGAGCAUGGGUGCCGCGAGCUCUAUCCUAUGCGAGCUGGAGUCUACCUCAUCCUCCACUACUAGCAAGCGGACACUGGAAGAACUCUUCGAAGAUGACGAGAGUACUCGAUCAGCAAAUGGUGACCAGCCUACUAUCCUCGCCGCACUACGGGGAGUCGUGAAUGGAGAUUUAACAUUCCACUACGCCCGCUGGAUCCAGGGAUCCACGCGCCGGGAGGUCAACCUCGAAUUGGCCUUUUGGAUUGGCCCUACCCCUGGCACCGCGCCCACGACGUCGAUGCUGGCCACCUACGGCGACAGCGGCGACACGGUGAACACAGACCGAUGGAUCGUCUUCCAUCUGCACAUGCCACUGGACGCUUACACUUUCCCCGCUCUCACCAGCUCCAAUCGGAACUUCUACCCAGGAGUGUCAGCCAUGACGGUCUAUCACAGCCAGACGCUGCACUCGCUCGGCAACAACGCCGAUCCCCGAGCCGAAUUCCGCUUCUCCAACACCUAUGACAAUAAUGGUGCCAGUGGAGUCAAUGUCGGGACCAGAGCGAACUACAACGGGCGCGCAGAGGCCAUCGCCUGCAACAGCAAUAAUCGGUGGUACAUCGGCCGUGACUCGACGGCUAACAUCCAAGCGGCCCGGCGGAGUCGGACAAACCUCCCUGUCACCUAUGUCACCGAGCUGAACGCAUUUGGUCUCUGGCUGUACAACCAGGGCCUCUUCUCCUACAGCAACCUGGCCUACCUCUGGCCGACGAUUGCGAACUAUGCCGACUCCGAGUCGGACGGCUACACGACUAACCUCCCUAAUCGCGUGAACGGCUGGACUGCAUACAGCCCGCAGGAUGGUGCUUUCACUACGAAUUGGGAUUUCACGGGAGCGCAGCACGUAGACUUCCAGGGCCAACCACCGAGCUUUCACGACACCGACGGUGCUCCCGUCUAUGAAGGACCGUACCACGGCCUCCUGCACGAGAUCCUAUGUCGUGACGAUGUCGCCGCGCUCCUCCAAUACCGGCAGACCCACGGGCGCAUUCUCCGCCGCGCUUACAGCAUGCACAGCGACAAUCCAUUUGCGAUUGUGCUGGAGCGCCGCAGCUUUCGCACGUUGCGCGCCCUUGUGGAGCUGUAUCCUGAGGACCGCGCGGUAGCUACGGUGCUCGAGUAUCUCCGGCAACAUGAGCUGUCGCUCAUGGAUGCGGCAUGUCAGGCGGCGGAUCGAGAAUUGGUGGAGUGGCUGCUGGCCCAGGAGCCGCCGCUGGGGUCGUUGAAGGAGAGGGAUUGUCUGGGAAGGACGGCAUUGAUGAGUGCAGCGUUGGGGCUGGGAUGUUCGGACCACGAGGAGAAUUGGGGCGAGGAUGCAAGGGAGCAUGAAGCCUUCCUUCGGUGGCUGAUGGCCCAGGAGGAGUGCUGCUCCGUUGGUGAGUCGGACUUGCUCUCUCCUACCAUUGAUGGCACUGGGACGAGCACUUGUACUGUGCUCGCAGCAGCCAUUCCCCGUGCUAGCUACGAGAUGGUGGUGCACCUCCUUCAAGCGGGGAGCGAUCCGCGGACCCGUUAUCACUGGCGGAGACCCCUCGGGUCACAGAUGUACGACAUGGGAUCUGCGAACGGAGUGACUCUGCUACACAUUGCCUGUUUGUACUGGAAUGGGGAGGCAAUCCGCGCGUUGCUGGCGCAUGUCGAGCAGUCCGCGCAGAUGCUCACAAGUCCCGAUAGCCAGGGUCAACUCCCCUUGCACUGGGCGUUAACCCGCGAUCGCGGCAUGAGUCGCAGAAGACUGCUGGAGACGGUGACUCUGCUGCUUGAUGCCAAUCCGGCGAUAGUGAAUCAACCCAACGGUGAGGGCGUGGCAGCGGCGAGCCAGUCGGUUGCGGUGCACGCCAAUUCUGGAGCCUCCCUUGCCCCGCUGCUCAAGUUAUUUCUCGCCUACGGAGCAGACGCGUGCGUCUGUGACCCCGAGGGCCGCAGUCUCCUGCAUCAAUUGACUCGCACGAGUUGGGAGCCCGCAUGCCUCGAGCCCGAUUUGCUGGACCGGCUGUUGAAGCAGGUUGGCGUCAACGAUCCGGCAACCGUGGAUCAAAACACCGCUCUCCAUUACCUGGUGCGCCACCUCAAUCAGAUAGACGCCGCUCGCCAUCUCAUCCAGCACGGCGCGAAUGUGAAUGCUAUCAAUGCCCAAGGAAACACCCCUCUGCACGAGCUUAUGUGGGGCACCUUACCUCGGCGGCUGGACGAGUCUGUUCACCCUCAACGUCCCACACGGGCCCGCGAAGCAUUUGUACAGCUCUUGGUGGACGCUGGCGCAUCCAUGGACCAGAAGAAUCUCGCGGGGCAGACGCCGAUGCAGCUUCUGCAGGAGGUGCUUGAGCAGCGGCGCAGGGCUCAGGAAGCACGAGACGCAGCUUGGGCUCGAGGUCGCGGCCGAGGUCGAGGA